CUAUGCAUCUGAUAAAAUAUUACAGCCCAAAACCUAGGGAUGUUGAAGCAGACGCUCAUAUAGAAGGUAACCUUGCAGCAGAAGUCAGCAUGGUUGCCUUGGAUACAUUAGAACUUAUUAUACAGAUUGCCCAAGCUUCAGAGAUGAUGCAACCAUUAUUGAGCAGUGCAUUGAGGGUACUUCUACAUGGUCUUGGACUUAACCAGAGUACAUUUGUUCUACAACACAUGUUUAGUUCACAAAGGUCACUUGUUACAAAGUUUUUGGACCUCCUGUUUGAAGAGGAAACAGAACAGUGUGCAGAUCUCUGCCUGCGUCUGCUGCGACAUUGUAGCUCAUGUAUCGGUAAUACACGUGCCCAGGCCAGUGCUUCUCUAUAUAUGCUGAUGAGACAAAACUUUGAACUUGGAAAUAACUUCUCUCGAGUAAAGAUGCAAGUUACCAUGUCAUUGAGUUCACUGGUUGGUCAGAAUCAGGAUUUUAAUGAAGAAUACCUACGUAAGUCGUUGAAAACUAUACUGACAUAUGCUGAAGCUGACACAGAACUGCAGGAGACUACGUUUCCUGAUCAGGUGAAAGAUUUAGAAUUCAACCUGCACAUGAUUCUGUCAGACACUGUCAAAAUGAAAGAAUUCCAGGAAGAUCCAGAAAUGUUGCUAGAUUUAAUGUACAGAAUCGCCAAGGGUUACCAGACGUCACCAGAUCUCCGCCUGACAUGGCUACAAAAUAUGGCUACCAAACAUAGUGAGAGAGGUAACCACGCUGAAGCAGCCCAUUGUUUGGUCCAUGCAGCUGGACUGAUAUCUGAGUAUCUGAACAUGCUUGAAGACAAGACGUACCUGCCUGUAGGCUGUGUGGAGUUUCAGCGGAUUACACCUAACGUGUUGGAGGAGAGUGCCGUAUCAGAUGAUAUAGUGUCACCAGAUGAGGAGGGUAUUUGUACCGGCAUGUAUUUCACAGAGAAUGGUCUGGUCGGUCUGCUAGAACAAGCUGCAAGCUGUUUUACUAUGGCUGGAAUGUACGAGGCAUUAAGCAAGGUGUACAGAGUUCUGAUACCUAUACAUGAACAUAACAGAGAUUUUAAGAAGUUGGCACAUCUACAUGGUAAACUACAAGAGUCUUUCAACCAAGUCAUUAAACAGGAGGGUAAGCGUAUGUUUGGCACUUAUUUUCGUGUUGGUUUCUAUGGGCACAAGUUUGGUGACCUGGAUGGAGAAGAGUUUGUGUACAAGGAACCAGCCAUUACUAAACUACCAGAAAUAUCUCACUGACUUGAGAGUUUCUAUGGAGAUAGGUUUGGACAUGAUGUAAUAUCUAUGAUUAAGGAUUCUAAUACAGUAGAGAGGGAAAAACUUGACCAAAACAAAGCAUUUAUACAGAUCACCUAUGUGGAGCCAUAUUUUGAUUCUUAUGAGUUGAGAGAUCGGGUGACUUACUAUGAGAAAAACAUUAACAUAAAGAGGUUUAUGUAUGCGACACCAUUUACUCUUGAUGGAAGAGCUCAUGGCGAGCUACAAGAACAGUACAAGAGGAAAACAAUUCUAACAACCAAUCAUUUCUUCCCAUAUGUCAAGACACGCCUCUCUGUUAUAAACAGGGAGCAGGUAAUUCUAUCACCGAUUGAAGUAGCUAUUGAGGAUAUUAUGAAGAAGACGAAGGAGUUGGCUAUUGCACUGAGACAGGAUCCACCUGAUACGAAGAUGUUACAGAUGGUAAUGCAGGGGUGUCUUGGUACCACAGUUAACCAGGGACCAGUGGAGGUAGCAAAUGUAUUUCUGAAGGAAGUUGCUGAAGGGAAACAGGUUGGAAUGAAACAUCAUAACAAGUUGAGACUUUGCUUCAAAGAUUUCCUGAAAAAGUGUUGUGAUGCCCUACACAGAAAUAAAUCACUAAUUACACACGAGCAGAAGGAAUAUCAGAGAGAACUGGAGAGAAAUUAUCAUGUAAUAAAAGGCAAACUUCUUCCCUGGAUAUCCAAUGCAGCCACACUUAAACGUACAAAGCAUCAUAGAAGGGAAGGUAAAGAGUCCAGAAAGCAUCACCAAGUAGCAAGCACAACCCAAAGUUCUUCACAAGUGUAGCUUGAGCAGCAAAAUAAAUUUUCAAUUAACAAUUUGCUGUCUUUUAUUUAAGAAAAUGAACAUUUAAAAUGGAACCUUAUUCUUAAUGUUAGAAGUCACAUCAUCAAGAUGUACCAUUAUGUUAUCAUACAUAAUUGCCAAACAUACUUAAUGGGAUCAAGGAAGAUCUGAAGUUAAUAUUUUAGCAAUGGGAUAUUGUAUAUGUGUUACUAAAAAUAUUUUAUUGUAUUAUGAAGCAAGUAUUUGACUUUAUUUUGCUUGCACAUUUAGGCAUAUAAUUAUGAUUAUUAUGCAUAUAAAGUCAUUUAGGCAUAUAAUUAUGAUUAUUUAUGCAUAAAUGGUCAAUUAGGCAUAUAAUCAUGAUUAUUAAUGCAUGUAUGGUCAUUUAGGCAUAUAAUUAUGAUUAUUUAUGUAUAUAUGGUCAUUUAGGCAUAUAAUUAUGAUUAUUUGAGCAUGUAUGGUCAUUUUGGCAUAUAAUUAUUAUCUACACAUGCAUUAUGAUUUAGGCAUGUAUGACCUGGUUUAGCCUAUAUACUACUAUUGUUAUUUCAGCUAGUAACUAAAAAUUUUGGUUUGGUCAUAUAUACCUCAUUUUCUUUUCUUUUUUUUCGAUAAUCAAUGAGGUUAUAUCUAACCAAACUUUUCGACUAC